UCAAAGAAGGCAGUUAAAGAAUUUGUGAAUGGAGCUAUGAAUACGCAUUCGAAUAUUAAACGCGAAACGAAUCCUUUUCUAAAGGCAAAUUUUCUAUCCAAAUGGUUUUUUGUUUGGAUGCGUCAUGUGUUCCACAAAGGACGUCGCGAAGAACUCUCCGAAAGUGAAAUGUAUGCUCAUCUGCCCAGUUUUGAUAGUGAGCAGCUGACGGAGGAUCUGCAGCAGCCUUGGUUGCGGGAAUCUCAGCGCAAGCAACCCAACUUGUUGCGUCUGAUAUUCCAGUUUUAUGGCUGCCAGUUUGUGCCCAUCUGUGUGCUCUACUCGGCGCUGGAAAUUGCCAUACAUGCCUAUCAGCCGCAGUUGUUGGGCGGCUUAAUCUCUUACUUUGUGAAGGAUCAGCAGGAUAUAACCAAGGACAGUGCCUACUUGUAUGCCAUGGGAAUUGUACUGUGCUCUCUGAUCAAUUCCUUGGUGUUUCAUCCGUUUAUGUUCUACGUGUUUGCUGUGGGCACACGGAUACGUUUGGCCUGUGCCGGACUGAUCUACCGGAAGUGUCUGCGAGCGGCUGUUAAUGCCGGCGAAGGAUUAGGCGCCUUGGCCAUCUCUGUAAUGUCCAUUGAUUUGCCGCAAUUCGAUCUGACAUUUUAUUUCUUUCACGAUCUGUGGAAGGGUCCUGUGGAGGCGUGCAUCUUUGGCUACAUUAUGUACAGAGAGAUUGGCUGGACAGCCAUCAUUGGCAUCGUCUUCAUUGUGCUGCUGAUUCCACUGCAGGCCUGGGCGGCCAAGGCGGCAACUCAGUUCCGCACCAGAUCUGCAGAGCAUCGGGAUAAGCGUGUCCAGCUGAUGAAUGAGAUCAUCAGUGCCAUUCAGGUGAUCAAAAUGUAUGCGUGGGAGCAAUCCUUUGCCAAGUUAAUAGCCGCAGUGAGGCAGAGCGAAGUGAAGGCCAUACGCGGAUCCAUGAGCAUCUAUGCCGCCUUGCAGUGCACCAAUAUGAUAUCGAAGGUGUCGCUCUUCCUCAGCCUCAUCGCUUACGUGUAUACCGGGGAUGUGGUCACGGCCCGCAAGGUCUUUAUACUAUCAUCAUACUAUAGCCUGCUGAAUGAUUCGCUGCUGCACUUUUGGCCCAUGGCCAUUACCACCUGGGCUCAAACGGUGGUCAGUGCCAGGCGUGUUGUGGACUUCCUCAAGCAAAGUGAAACGCCGACGGGCAAGGAGUGCCUCAACUGUCGGGAUAAUCCCACACUACAAUUGGAUAACCUGAAGACGGCAAAGACUGCAAAUGUGGGACGCGUGCAUUGCAUGAAGAGUGCCACCAAGGGAGUCAGCUUCGGUAAUGUCAGCGCCAGUUGGGACAAGCCCAGCACACAGCAACCACGUCACGUUCAUCUAAAAGAUCUCAGCUUUGAGCUGCAAUCCACACAAAUGGUGGGCAUUGUGGGCAAUGUGGGAUCUGGCAAGAGUACGCUCCUCAAUGUGCUGCUGGGUGAAGUGGAGCUGAUGCAGGGAAGUGUCCAGUUGCAUGGCAGGCUGAGCUAUGCCCCGCAAGAGCCCUGGAUCUUUCAGGCCAGCAUUCGAGAUAACAUUGUGUUUGUGGAGCCGUACGAUGAGCAGCGCUAUCGUGCCGUAAUCCACGCCUGCCAGCUGGACUGUGAUCUCGCCAUGUGGCCACAAGGCGAUGCCACUGUGGUGGGUGAGCGUGGCAUCAGCCUAAGUGGCGGCCAGAAAGCCCGCAUCAGUCUAGCCCGUGCCGUUUACCGCCAGGCGGAUAUCUAUCUGUUUGAUGACCCCUUGGCUGCCGUGGAUUCCCGCGUGGGUAAACUGCUAAUGGACAAGUGCUUUAAUCGUUUUCUGGCUGGCAAACUGCGAAUAUUGGUCACUCACCAUGUCCAGCUGCUGCAACAUGUGGAUCACUUAAUGCUACUCGAAUCCGGCCGUAUAACGCAACAGGGCACGUAUGCCCAACUGCGGGAUGUGAUCGAGCAGCAUGCAGCAUCUCCGGAUUUGGAGGCCAUAGAGGCGGACAAGCAGCUGGUGAAGCGUGUGCUCAGUCAGGUGGACAGAAACUCCCAACAGUUCCAGCAGAACACAGCAACAACAACAGCGAACGAAGGUGAAUCCCAGGAGAAUGUCUUUGCCGAGGGACAAGUGCAAGGUGCCGUCAGCUAUGAGACCUACAAGGCAUAUUUCCAGGCCCUGGGAGCACCUAUGCUGGUGUGUCUAGUGCUCGUGCUCUUUGUGCUGGCCAGAGCUUGCCAGGCACUCACGGAUAUCUUCAUAUCGCGUUGGGCCACCUGGGAGGAGGAGCAUGAGCAUGUUACACUGGAUAAGCUGGAGGAGACACGUGCCAAGAUGGUCACCGUUUAUUCCGUGCUGCUGCUCUGCACCUUGGCCUUGUAUCUGCUGCGCACCUUUGGAUUCUUCCUGCUGUGUCUGCGCAUCUCGCUGCAACUCCACAAUCUUCUCUUUGCCGGCAUCAUACGUGCCCGCAUGUUCUUCUUCAAUACGAAUCCAUCGGGUCGUGUCUUGAAUCGCUUCUCCAGCGACAUUGAGAACGUGGAUGUGGCUCUACCACAGGCCAUGAUGGACUCUCUACAGUUCUUUGUGGAUGUCGUGGCUGUGCUCAUCAUUGUAGCCAUUGCCAACUAUUGGCUGCUCAUUCCGGCAGCAAUUAUGGCGCUGCUGAUGUAUCUUUGCCGUGCUUUCUACAUUGGCGCCAGUCGCAGCCUGAAACGCAUCGAAAGCUUGACUCGCAGUCCAGUUUACUCGCAUGCCAAUCAGACGUUCCAGGGACUGACGACAAUACGUGCUCUGGACGCCAUGCCGCAGCUGGAGCAGACCUUCCAUGGUCAUCAGAAUAUCAACUCCUCGGCUUUGUUUCUCUACACAAGUGCAAAUCGUGCGUUUUCUUUUUGGACGGAUCUUAUUUGUGUGGUGUACAUAUUGGCAGUGACCUUUAGCUUCCUGGUCAUAGAUCACAGCUUCAAUAGCGGCGAUGUGGGAUUGGCCAUCACCCAGUCCAUGACACUGGUGCUCAUGUGCCAAUGGGGAAUGCGACAAACCGCCGAGUUGGAGAAUAAGAUGACGAGCGUGGAGCGCAUCUUGGAGUAUGCAAAGACACCAUCGGAGCCACCGCUGGAAACAGCAAAGAGUGUGAAUCUCUCAGCGGACUGGCCACAAGCGGGUCACCUGCGUCUAAGAGAUCUGCACAUGCGAUACUCUCCAGCUGGCAGCGAGAUCUUAAAGGGCUUAAACUUUGAGACACGUCCCAUGGCGAAGAUUGGCAUUGUGGGACGCACGGGAGCGGGCAAAUCCUCCAUUAUACAGGCACUCUUUCGACUGGCCCUCAACGAGGGACUCAUCGAGAUCGAUGGCCAGGACAUUGGCCAACUGGGACUGCAUGAUCUGCGCAGUCGCAUUUCCAUAAUACCACAAGAAUCCGUGCUCUUCUCCGGCACACUCCGUUUCAAUCUCGAUCCGUUGGGCGAGAAGAGUGAUGAGGCACUUUGGAGUGUCCUGCAGGAUGUUAAGCUGCAGAAGCAUGUGUCCAGCUUGGAGGGCGGACUCUCCUGUCACAUGCAAGAGGGCGGCUCCAACUUCAGCAUGGGUCAAAGGCAACUGGUUUGCUUGGCACGCGCAAUUCUCCGCAACAAUCGAAUACUCAUCAUGGACGAGGCAACCGCCAAUGUGGAUGCCGACACCGAUAAGCUAAUACAGGAGACAAUACAAAAUAAGUUUGCCCACUGUACAGUGAUCACAAUUGCACAUCGUCUGCACACUGUCAUGGAUUAUGACAGUGUCCUCGUAAUGGAUGCGGGGCAAAUUAUCGAAUUUGGAGCGCCUCAUCAGCUGCUGCAGCUGCAGGAUGGUGCGCUGCUCAAGUUGGUUAACCAGAAUGAUCCAGUCACAGUCAAAUAUCUUAGGAAAAUUGCUGCAGAUAAUUACGCGCGCAAAAAACAUUUAAAUUAAAAUAUUCUUCGAUCUCAGCAACGCAGCGCUGCCAACUUUUUAGAGGAAAAAAUUGGCAACAAUGCAGCAGCAAUAUAUGUGUAUAUUAAUUUAUCGAUAGCUUAAU